AUGGCCAAACUAACUGCACAGGAGUGGGAAGACUGUCAAGAUAUUUUUACUCUUCUAGAUCGUGAUGGGAGUGGAACUCUUGAUUUUCAAGAACUAGGGAAUGGGUUAAGAGGUUUAGGCUUAAAUCCAACUGAAGCUGAAAUCCGAGCAUUUAUAGCAGAAUUUGAUGAAGAUCAAACAGGUGGCCUUACUCUAGAAGAGUUCAAAAAUGUGUAUAUUAAGUGCCUUAAAACCUCUGUUGUUACUGAAGAGGAAGUUAAAACACAAUUUAAAAGACUUGACAAAAAUGAAGAUGGUCAUGUUGAUGCUAAUGAACUUAUGGAGAUUUUAAUGACAGGAGAUGAUCCCUUAACUAAAGAAGAAGCUCAGUCAAUCAUUGAAGAAUUUGAUACAAAUGGAGAUGGAGUUUUAAGUCUUGAUGAACUACUAGACGGGCUACUCGGAAAGAAAAAAGUUAAAUAA